AUGAGGCUUUGGGUCUACACCUCGGUUGCGUUAAUUGCGGCUACAAUUGCUGUGGCCUCACCCUUCGGCGGUGGCGGCGGUGGCGGUGGUGGCUGGAAAAUGAUGGGAGGAGGAGGAGGCCCCAAAGGCAGCAUGGGCUCGCCCAUGAAGAACAAGUUCCGCACGGGCAGUGUCUACCUCAUCAAGGAGCUCCACCCGAUCGGCGGCGCAGGCAAAGGAGGAAUGAUGAUGAUGGGUGGGGGAGGCGGGGGCUGGAAGCCUAUGAUGGGCGGGGGCGGCGGCGGGUGGAAACCCAUGGGUGGCGGAUGGAAGAUGGGAGGUGGAGGCCAUGGAGGGUGGAUGGGAGGCGGCGGAGGUGGCGGAGGUGGCGGUAUCCCUAGCUGGAUGCGAAUGGCAACUGUCGUGCUCAACCAUGGCGGAGGCAGCGGCGGCGGAGGAUGGAAGAUGGGUGGAGGCAGCGGCGGUGGCGGAUGGAAGAUGGGCGGCGGCAGCGGCGGUGGCGGAUGGAAGAUGGGUGGAGGCAGCGGCGGUGGCGGAUGGAAGAUGGGAGGCGGCGGCGGCAGUGGCGGAUGGAAGAUGGGAGGAGGCGGAGGCGGUGGAGGUGGCGGCAAGGCCGGCACCACGUACAUCAUCAUCAAGAAGGGCAGCAGCAGCGGCGGUGGCGGCGGCGGCAAGUCUGGUGGCAUGGGCGGCCACCUCAGCAGCCUAACUAGUCUCUUUAGCGGUCACGGCGGCGGAGGUGGAGGUGGCGGCCAUGGCGGCAGCGGAGGAAGCGGCGGCGGCAGCGGCUGGUGGAUGUGAGUGCUGGACAUUUGCACGCGAGCCACCCCGAUCCCGUGACCAAGCGUUUUACGCUCGGUCGUGCCCAACCCCUCGUGUGGAUGAACUUUUGUGACCUGUGCAAUAUGAGCUGGUUCUCGAGGCACACGUUCCAGUGUGUUUGCGUACGAAGAAAUUGUGACAUAUUGCCUUCCCCGGACUCUAUGCAUUUCAAGUUCGUAGAUCGAUUCAUUUGACUUUUUUGCUGUUUCCGAAUAUUUCAAGCUCAAAUACAUUAUGUUUCCCCGCAA